CCUCUCUCUGCGACAGCUGCGGCACCACUGCUGCCCCCUACUGCUGGUUGCAGCACUCUCACGAUCCCCCAUUGGCUGGUCCAACCCGCGGGGUCCUCCCCCCGAAGCCUCAUUGGCGAACGCUGCCGAGCGCCGUAUAAAAGGAACCGAGCGGUCGAACGUUGCCACACACUCACUUGUGAGCUGCUGUUACCUCGCUUUUGGAUUACUCCUCUCGCUUCCUUUCGGAUUACAAACAUGAAGGCCGAUCAGCAGGUGCCACUGAGCCGGUGUAUGGCUAAGGUCUCCGACGGUCGAGUGUCGCGACCCCGCAAGGACCGCGAUCUCAACCAGGAAGAGAUGCAGUCGCUUCUGGCCAAGCUCAAGGAACUUGUGCCCAACAUGCCCCGCAACAAGAGGUUAUCCAAGCUGGAGAUUAUUCAGAAUGUCAUCGAUUACAUCCUCGACUUGCAACUGGCCCUCGAAGCGCACCCAGCGUCUCGUCCGUCCAACGGUACGAGUCCAGUCCGGCAGCCGCUCGGAGUUCUGUCCCCGUCUUCCAACACAGUCGCCAACACCUGUGGUGUUUUAGAGAUGAACGGCGUGGACAAGAUUCCAAGCCACUUAACGGACCUGAUCGCCGCUGUUGUGCAGCAGCCCUCACGGCCCGUGUCGUGCUAGAGACUUUGUGAAGCACAAGGGACAUUUCACCGUUUAUUUGCCUCCCUCUGUGGCGUACGGUGCGCGCAAGAAUGCCACGAACUCUUGCCAACUGGCUAGUCGUUCGCCCUACGAAAGUGAAGCCUGCGUAACAUCUGCUGCUUCUGCUCCCAGAGUAUAUAGGGUGAUCGUGGCUGAGCACGAAGGACAGUAUUAAGACAUCUCCCUGUGCUCGAGCUUGCCGCAUCCCAAGGCUUGCCCCCUUCCAAGUUUUGUCAUCGAUAGUGGGUCAACGUCUACGUGCAAUCUUGUGAGUCGAGGGUUCGAGUGACCCCGACGACGUCGUGUAGGAUCCUUGAAUAGAGGGAUCUCUUUAUUUAUGUAAAGUUGUACAAGUACAAACACUCCUUUUUUUUUUAAUCACGCGACAAGCUCCCAUUACGGAACGCCUGCAUUUCAACGCUAGUCUAGAUGAGAUCACAUACAUUGUACGCAAAAUAGCAGGGCAGUUCUAUGUCUUUCUGUUUUUUUUUUUUUUUUUUUAUCCACGCUUCACCUUCAUGUUUACCAGGUUCCUGUCACAUUACUUGGGUGGGGUGGGUCCAAGAAAAAAUUCCAUGACUUGAUUUCGUCUGUGAUGAUGUUUAAUGAAUCCAUAUUACAAACAACUAUGACUUUGUCACAAAAUGACUUGAGCCUUGCCCCCUUUUUUGUAUACUAUGUCUGGUAAACUACUUACUUUUUUAUGCAUAAUGCCCUCCCUGGCAGUAGGGCCCUGUAACUAUUAUUUGUACAGAGAUACUUAAUGGCUGAAUGUAUAGUUCUAUGAUUAUGUGAUAUAAUUUUCAACCGAGAAGAGAAAAAGAACACAAAAUAAAAUAUUGAUGUUCAAUUUCUAAA